CUGGUCCGAAUUGGCACUUAGACUCUGGAGCAAUGACUCACGUGACUUCUGAUUUAUCAAGACUGCGGAAUUCUCAUCCCUAUCAAGGCACCAAUUUUGUCUCCACCGCUGGGGACAGUCUCUACCAAUUGCUCAUAUUGGCUCAGGUCAGGUUACCACACCCACAGGAAUGGUUGUAACCACCAGAUCCCAAGCCAAGAAAGCUGAGAAGUUGGGCGUAUCAGAAUCAAAGUUUGAAUCUGGAGAGAUUAACGAGAAAACAUGGCGAGACUGGAUGACGAACUGGGCUGUAAUGCAUAAGGCCAGGGAACUUUGGAUCCAAGAAAUCUUCUGUGAAAAACAACGCGCGGAGAAUCCAGCCUUGUUAAGAACACAUAAGCUCAGAUACGUUGCAAGAAGAGAAUGGGAUUCCAUUGCUGAUACUGAGAAAGCUCCCUUUAUUACCAAGGCCUUGGAUGCAUUGGCUCCAGGCCCUGUACUAGCGGGGGCACUCACUAGGAAAGUUGUGAAGAAAACAAGCAAGCAAACAAGAGAGUCAGAAUACUGUCAUGCUUGUGCCAGUUUCAGGGAAGACUUCUACGGGAGUCACUUUAUGACUCAUUCAGACUACAAACUAACAGAGGAGGUCAGGGACGCUGCAAGCAGGACAUGGGCUUCUUUGGAUGAGGGUGCCAGAGCUGCGUAUUUUGCCGAGGGCAAGAAAAGGGAGGCUGAUAGCGAUGAGGUUUUCGAGUAUCUUCAACACAACGAGACUUAUAAGGCUCGACUCUUAUCUUACAUGUUUUAGUUGUCAAAACGAAGUUCUUAUUGGUUCGUUUUCUAGAUACGAAAAUCAAUGAAAUAUUUUUUUUGCACUCAAGCUCGUUUUCAUUUUCUGGUUUUUUUAUAAAUAUUUUUGCCCAAUUCCCAUAAUCGCAACUCUUGUAUGUAUACAUUAAAUUAAUUAUGUGUCCCUUG